AUGUUUGAUACUUAUAUGACUAAGCCAAAACAAGCAGAAAAUGCCUCUCCAAAUCAAAUGGUUUAUGAUGAGGAUGGUCAUAUUAGUCAGGCAAAUGAAAUUCCACCAAAGAAAUCGCAAAAUUCUUCUAAAAUCACAACGGCAACGGAAUUUGAUGGUAAAUCUCCGUUUGAAGUCGAUUCUAAAGCAAAUGAUGCCAUUAACAUGCUUCGAAAUAGAAAAUAUAUCAUUUUUGAUUAUCCAGAUGAUCCUGCUGAUUUUAAUCAAACCAGAGAGACUGACAAAGUUUACAAAUAUUUACAGGGAUCUUACAAUAAAAAGCUCGUUCUUGAUAUUUUAAAGUAUAAUGGCUUUAUUCCAACUGAUUCAAUGGAUUUCAACAUUGCAUGGUUAUCUUCACCAGAAGUUGAUGAGCUUCCAGCUUCUGCAAAACUACAGAGCAUCAAUCAUUUCCCAUAUUCGAAACAAAUUCUCGGUAACAAAGCAGAAUUAACACAAAUCAUACAAAGCAAUCCAAACAUUGGAAUGUUUGAAUACUUCUAUCCCAAGUCUUACAUUCUUCCAAGAGAUAGAGAUUUAUUAUAUCGCGUUAUGAAGUCAAAUCCCAAUAAGCAAUAUAUUUCCAAGCCACCAAAUGGAAGCUGUGGUCAUGGUAUCAAAUUGGUUAAUUUCUCUGACUUUUAUAGUAUCCAACAUGGAUCUGUAGUCAGUGAAUACAUUUCACGUCCUCUCUGCAUUGAUGGCUUUAAGUUUGACCUCAGAAUUUAUGUUCUCGUUACGUCUUGGGCCCCACUUCGCGCAUUCAUUUGCAAAGAAGGUCUUGCGAGGUUUGCAACGGAGAGUUAUUCAACAGUAACAGAGAAUCCUUAUUCGCAUCUUACUAAUGCCACUCUUAACAAGCAAGGAGAACACUGGUGCAGUGACUUCAAAUGGAAAUUAACUGAUCUCCUCAAUGAAGUUAAUCAUAGAUUCAAACAUUCCCAAGGGGAAGUGAUGAAUUCCAUCAUCGCUGUUGUUUCACAAGCUUUGGCACUCGCACAACCAACAAUGGCCCCAGAUAAAAGAUAUGGAGUUGACAUUCCAUUUUUCGAACUUUAUGGAUUUGAUGUCCUUCUUGAUAGGGAUUUCAACGCUUAUUUACUUGAAAUCAACACUUAUCCUUCACUCAACACAGAUGAAGAAGUUGACUACGAAGUCAAAGCUCCAAUGGUUUCGCAAGCUUUGUCUAUUGCAGGAAUAUUAGACAUGGAAUAUUCUGAAUUGUCAAAUGAUGCCAAUUUACUUCGUGUCAAACCGGAAUUUCUUGAUGACAUUGAUGACGAAAUUGUCCGCCUUGAAGAUGAAAGAAAUGAGAAAACUGGUUCUGGAUUCAUUCGCUUAUUCCCUGCUGAAUUUAAUGAUGAUUUGCAACAAAUUUUGGAUAAACCAAAAUAUGCAAUGGACAAAAAGAAAACGAGUCGUGAAAAAAGCGAGCCAUUAGAUCCUUCUGUUAUUGGACAAGCUUUUAAUACAAAGCAAGGUAUUGAUCUCCUUGUUGCUUAUUUGGAAGAACUCGAAAUAAGAAUCAACAAUAAAGAAGUCGGAAAAAGAACAAUGAUGAGAUUGGAAGCUUUCCUAGAUGCUCAGGGAUACCAAACAAAGAAUGACCACACCAUCAUGGAAAUGCUUAAGAACUACAUCCAGAGAGCUUCAAGCUGGGUAGAUUUGAUCCAAAAUGGAAAAAGAAUUCCACCAAAAGUUAAAGCAAAAAUCUUAGAAAAUGGCGAUGCUUUUGUUGGCCAAAUACUCGUCAAUACUAAUAUGAGAAGAGUUAAAGAAGUCAAGUUGCUCUUCGGACUCUAA